AUGCGUAGCAUUGACUCGAAUUCUCAAGGACAGAAACUCACAACGAUUCGAACGCGAGCGAUCGAACGUUCCAUGCCACGGAUCAACAAAUGCCAAGUGCUAUUGGUAUGUGCAAUAGCUUGCAAUUGUGUCAUCUUAUUCUACAUUUCUCAUGUACAAAACACAAACGGGGAGUGGCUAGAACAAAGCAAAUUAAAGGCAAUUAAGGAGAAAAUUUCCUUUCUGGGAAACAAAGCUACGCAAUUUGAAAAUGAAGUGACUAUUGUCUUCUUGGAGUUUGAAAACUUUGAGAAUGACAUUAGUCGAACAAUUCGUUCCAUUUUGGAGUACUUCCCAAACGUUCAUAUUGUGCUGAUAUCACUUAAACGAUCGUAUCCGCCAUUAGAUAUUCCGAAUGGCAAAAUUCAAUUGGUUGUGCAAGACUUGUCCCCCGAUCAAAAGCAAUCGGCUGGAAGACCCGAGAAUUAUAUCACAACGCCAUAUGUCAUGUUCAUGCCAGAUAGUGUCCGAUUCAGCUCUUCAAGUUUGCCAGUUAUGAUGCUUGAAGAGCUUAAAGCUUUGGCUGGCGUGAAACCUCAAUAUAAAAUUGUUACAGUGCCAGUGAAAUCAAAAGAAACUAUACAGUGCAACAAACUUUCAUUUGACCUUAAACGUUGGACAUUAGAGUACUCAGUUUCCGAAGAUGAAGCACAGAGCUAUUACCGAACUUGUGAUUCUGUUGGCCCCAGUCAAGUGGUUUUGGUAAAAGCUGCAUUCCUUCACAGCCUUAGUGCACCAUACUUACGACCUUUUCCUGAAAGUCUCUUCAUUCAAGCUUCGCUGCACCAUAUAAAAACAAAACUUCUCCACAAGGUUUCUUUCUCACAAGGAUCCAUGCUCUUUUCAAAUGCUCACACAAAAUGGAAAUAUGAGAAUAAUGUCAAAACAAGAAGAAAUGACAUGUACAGAAAACUAGGGGUCAAGAAAGUUGUUCUUCCAUCAGGAGAAGUGGAGUGGUAUGGCUGUGGCAAGAAUACAGGACGGUGCUUUGGCACUGUUUUCGAUGAUAUGCCUGAAUAUCUUUAUAUGUCAAGGUGGACACCACCCUGUUGUUUGGAAAAUCUGCGUCAAACUGCACGUUAUCUUUUCAACAUUCUUAAAGAAGCUGGUGUAAGUUAUUGGUUGGAGGGAGGUAGUUUGUUGGGCGCCGCUCGAUAUGGUGACAUCAUUCCAUGGGAUUAUGAUAUAGAUAUUGGUAUUUAUCAGCAUGAAAUCAACAAGUGCUCAUAUCUGGUUGAAGCAGAAAAGCUCUCAAAUUCUGGAAAACCAUAUGUUGACAGUGAAGGCUACACUUGGGAAAAAGCCACUGAAGGAGAAUUUUUUCGCAUCCAGUUUAGUCAGUAUAAUCACUUACAUGUGGACAUUUUCCCAUUCUAUGAAAAAGAUGGCACCAUGACCAAGAAAACCUGGUUUGAAACUCACAGACAAGAUAGGGAAUUUCCUGCUCAUUAUUUGAAGCCUCUAGGAACAAUUGAUUUCAUUGGAAUGAAAGCAUCUGCUCCAAACAAUGUCAGAGAAUUUCUGGAAUUCAAGUUUGGUAAAGGUGUUAUUGAAAAUCCUCAAUAUCCAAACCCAUCAAAACUAAAAAAAAAGUCAAAGGUUAAGAGUUGA